UCUGCAUGUUCAUCGCAAAGCUUAUUUCAAGCUCAAUCAAGGCACUGCCUUACUAGGCGAUGGAAUAACUACGUUCAGGAACCCCUUCCGAACUCUGGAUUUUCCUGUCCAGCAACCAUCAGCUACAGACUCGCACAUCCCAGCAGCGAUCCGCGUAGGGGUAUACUUUCGCAUCCCCGCGUUUGCAUAUCUUCAAUUCAUAGCUACAACCACUGCCCGCCAUGUCGAACAUGUACGGCGAACUGGGGAAUAAAUUGGUUCAACACGCCAAACGCACCCAGGCUCUAACCCAUCUGCCUCCCUACCAAACCGAACUCGUUCGCGCCGUCGCCCGCGAGGUCCGCGACCUGGACCGCGAUGUUGCACGCCUGCUGACUCCCUUCGAGGGCAGCUUCAAUCCGUCCCAAGAGCCCGCCAUUGCCUGCGCCCUCCUCGUCGACCAUCUCUGUAUGCGUCGUAACAAGCGAUGUCUUCUCGCCUACCAUCGUGUCCGCACGGAAAAAUUGGAGGAGCUCUGUUGGACGGGUGUGGAUGUGCUAGAACAGCAAUUACCCGUGGCGGAGGAGGCAAGUGCAGGAGCUGCCGCCGCCGCCGCCGCCGCCGCGGCACAAGGCCAGGGCGCUGGCUCGGGGAUGAAUCACAGCUCGCUGAGCCCGGAGGAAGAAGAGUACUUUCGACAAUACAGUGACCUGCUCGCCGCGUAUAAGGGGCAGUGGACGGACAUUGACCUCACUGGAAGUUUGGAGCCACCCAAAGAUUUGUUCAUUGAUGUGCGAGUCUUGAAGGAUGCAGGGGAGAUCCAGACGGAAUAUGGGGUGAUCAAUUUGACGAAGAACAGUCAGCUCUACGUACGACAAGGGGAUGUGGAACGAUUGAUUGCACAGGGCUUUCUGGAACGGUUGGGAUAGAUUGCUGUGCCUCCGUGGGCCGGCAGUCAGGAUGCGGAUUACCCCCCGAUGCUGCUUCUGCUGCUCUAGUUGCUGUUUUCUGUGUUACAUGAUGAUACCCAUUUAGUUUGUUGAGAGUAGUCUGAAGAGCGGAGACGGUGGCAUUGGGACCGACGCUGCGCGAAGUCGAACUCAGGU